AUGAGCUUCAGCGAAACCGUCAUCGCCAUGUUUAAAGAUUUGGACAAAGAUGGCUCCAACAAAGUGAGCGCCAAGGAAUUGGCUGCUAUGCUGCGCGAAGUGGGAAGCAAACUGGAUAUGAAAGCCGUCGAAAGACUGGUGCGUAAAUUUGACGCUAACGGCGAUGGAGAGCUCAGCAUAGAAGAACUCAAUGUCAUGAUGGAGGGCAUAUAA